UCAGAGCUCCACUUCUCCCCAGCUUCACCAGAGGAAACACCACGGCACAAAAUGCUUUUCCUCCCAGCUGCUGCUCUGUGCUGUCUGUGUUCAGCGCUGGUUGCCAUGGCAGCAGAGCUGAUUCAGGACCAGUUAUCAUUGACCAGGAGAGUUGGUGAAACAGUCUCAUUCAGCUGUGGAGGAACUGACCAGUGUAAAAAUCUUUAUGUGUUCUGGUACCAGAAGAAAGAGACAGAAACAUUCAAUGUGAUUCUUCUUAUCAACAGGAACACUGGAACAGUUAAUUCAGGUUACAAUCAUCCUCAGAAAGAUGAUUUUGUAGCUUUUAAUGAAAGGAACGGCUGUGAGUUGAAGAUAAAGAACGUUCAACUCUCUCAUUCAGCCUCGUACUACUGCUCCUGUUAUGAGUAUCUCAUCUUUGGCUCUGGGACUAAACUGUAUGUAACAGAUGAGCCGGUAGUGAAGCCCGUGGUGAGCGUGUACCCAGCAGCAUCCAGAGCCCACCUGGAGGGGAAGAGCUCCCUGCUGUGUCUGGCCUCAGCCAUGUCUCCUCCUCUGGUCCAGUUCUCCUGGAAGAGACAGAAGGAGGAUGGUUCUCUGGAGGAGCUGACCCGUGAUGAUGGAGAGCAGCUGGUGCUCACAGAGCCGGGACGCACCGCCGCCAUCUUGCUGAUCCACCAGCCAGAGAACAGCCCGUAUAAAUACCGCUGCUACGUCAAGCACGAGGGCGGCACAGUGGAGGCCCAGACACAACAAGAUGUGAGCACGACUAACUUCUCUUUUAAUCCUUUAGUUAUCGUGGUCAGAGCUCCUGCUCCUCCUCCGCCUCCGGCCUCUGUCCAGCACUGGUUCAGAGAGCGGCUGCUCUGUCUGCUGUACACAGGGCUCAUAGUGAAGAGUCUGGUGUACUGCUGUGGACUCUCUGUGAUCAGGAUCUUCAGAAACAAGGGGCCGUUCACUCACAGCCGACGUGCUGACUGAGUGUCCUCCGGCAGCUUUAACCUCUCACUGAAGAUGAACGGUAUCUAACGAGCCCAGUGCAACAGCGACUCACUGAUGUGUUUUGAACAGUUUCUGGAGAACAGUGGAGCUCUGAGAUUCAUCAGGCUGUGAUCAGACCUGCUGGUAGAGAUAAAAUAACACCAUUUUUAAUCAAUGUUUUAUAGAAAAUUAAUGAAUUUCUCAGAGAUCACACAUUAUUCUCUUAACAAGUUUUAAUAGUAACAUCAAAUUUUUAUAUCUGACUGUUUAUAACUUCAUUAAAACAUAAUCAGGAGAUAACAGACACACAGCAGCUGUCAGGGUUUUUUUUAAUAUGAUGUUUAUU